UAUUUCUGCUAUUUUUACACCGUGUAUUUCCAACAUAAUCGUAUAAUAUUGUUGUUGCCAAGUUGCUUUCGUUUUACGUUGUCAGAUUUUCAGUAAAUAGUUGUUUUAUUCGACGGAGGGAGAUUAUUUUCUCAUAUGAUCUGAAUGCUCUUGCUUCAAUCAAAUGUUUCUUAUUUCAUCUGAAAACUUAACCUGCAAAUCGCAUUUUUAAAUAUAAUGUGUCAGAACUAAUACACUUGUUCUGUUGUGACCAAUAGAUGCCAAGAUGCCUGCUCUUAUUGAGAGGCCAAAAAUGAGUCUUGCUAUGUGGGCUGCAUUAAAAACACAUAUAAUGCGGCAAAGAGAAAAGAAAAAGCAAGAGCAAGAAGCUGAUGCAGCUGUGGAACGUUUACAAAGAGAGCAGGAAAUGAAAAGAAAACAGAAUGCAAUGACCCUGGAAGAAAUAAAAGAAGAACUUGCCCAAUUGGAAAAAAAACUUGCAAUUUUGAGAGAAGAAAAGCAUGAAAUGUUUCUGUAUUUCAAGAGAGUUUUAAAUGAUGAUGAUAAACGAAGAAAUGAAGAAGACAAAGAAGCUAAUGAAAUGAUGCAGAUGAGUCACCAUUAUCCAAACCAGAAUGUUCCAAUAGGAGCACCAAACCUCUACAUGAUAGGAUCUGGAAAUAGAGUAAUGAAUCGAAAUGCUGUUAUGUAUAAAGUUGGUACAGGCCCUCCACAGCAAAAUGGCACAAUGAAGAGACCCAGAAGUCCCUCUCCUACAAAUAGUAACUAUCCUCAAGGUUAUGGUUUCAAAACUCAUGUCACAGCAUAUGGGCAAACUUAUCCUAUCCCUCAUCCAGCAAGUCAAUAUGCUUCUCAGGAGCAAGCAAAGCAUUUGGCAGCUAAUUACCAUUCUCAUAUGCAGCAAGGAGGAUAUGUAGGUGGCUUACCAGGACAGAUGGAUCAUCCUUCUCAAAAACCAGUAAAUAUGCAAGAUGAAAAAUACUACAUUCAGGCUGGUGGCAUUUCAUCAGGAUAUCCAAUAAGAACACAGCCAGCUUCUCAUUUUCAACCACCUAAUUCUCACAGUGUGACUGCACCAAUACAGGUUCCAUUACGAAAAGAAGAUGUAAUGCGACGCAAUAUGAACAAUGAAGUGCACAGAUAAAUGAAGACUUAUAUCAAAAUAUAUUUACUGGAUUAAGGGUUAUAAUUUGAAAUUUCAACAAAAUGAGGUGCUUUUAUGGCAUGAAAAAUGAAGGAUAGAAAUUUUUACAUUUAUAUAUAAUUUCGUAUUCAAAUAAUGUGGAACACUUUCUCUAGCAGAUAUAUUACUCUCCCACUCCCUUCUUUCUUAAUGCGGGAUAUUUCAUGCAAUUAUACCAAUCUCAAUACAGUUGGUUAUGUAAAACUUUCAAAUUCAACUUAACACUGGCCCACUUUAUGCAGUUUUCACUGUGAAUAAUUAUAUUACCAAAAUAGAUCAAUAGUAUCUACGGUUUUGGGAGGAAAAAAAAAGGGGGGGGGGCAUUAUCUGAUUUUAUAUAGUGCCCUUAAAAUUAACAUUAAAAUAUUGAUUUUAUUAAACUUAUAUUCUUCAUGAUUCCUUUUCAGAGAUGUUUUUGAAGUAUAGCAAUAAUGAGUUGGCAGGCUAAAAAUAAAUUUUCUAUUAUCAAACUUUUAACUGCUUACAUAUUUUUCUAAACUAAAAUUGUGCCAUUUUCAGUGCUUAAAAUUUAGAUUUUUGAGGGGGGGAAGGAUUACCACAAAUGAUUCUAAAUUUCUUAUCUAUCAGAGCAAUCAUCAUGAAAAUUUCUUUUUUAACACUAUUUAUACCCGAUUAUUUUUUAUAUUGCCCCAGUUUUUGCUAUUGCUUGAAAUUACAAAAAAUAAGUUAUUUUCUGGAAAUUUUAAUUUGCAUUUCAGAACAACUGCUUUGAAACCUACUUAACGGUACAAAUCAGGUAGUGAUUUCAAAUCUUCAAAGUUAUUUAUUUUCAUAAUUUUUUAGAAAAAAUGAAAGCAAAAAUAUAUAUUUCCUUCCAAUAUUCUUGCAUUUGGUGGUGUUGCUUAUAAGAAAGAAAGACCAUAGUGUCUAAUCUAGGCUUUGAAACCGGAAGGUUUCAGUUCAAAACCCAAUUCCACUGUAGAAUUAUAGUGUUAGCAGAAUGGUAUAAAUUAAAUCUAUCAGUUCAAGUGUUGUUCUUGUCAUAUAAUUGUGAUUUAAAAUUACAGAUCUAUUCUAAAAAGCUCUAAAUGAAAUAUAGAAAUUUGCAGGAAUAUAUUCUUACAUUCAUAUAUAUUAAUCCUCUUCAUUUAAUAGGUUGAAAGAGGAAUCACUUUGCCCUUUAAACCUUUAUUAAUGAAACUGAUCGGGUAAAUUAACUUUUACAAAAUUAGUGAUGUUAUCUCAUUUCCCAUGUCACUCCUGACAUAUUUACUGAGAAAAGUAACAUUAAAAUGAUCCUUUCCUCUUUUAUUUGAAUAAUGGCAGUAUGUUUUGUUAUGGUAUAUAACAGGGAUGGCGAACCAAUGGUAAACGACAGAAUAUUUUGGGCAUGUUACUGAUCAAAAUGAUUUGCAUUUUAGUUCAAAAUAGUUCCCUAUGAAAUAUUAUGAACAAACGCGAAUGAUCGGUCGCGGUAUGUAUAUUCCCAUUCCCAACCCUAUUUCAUACAUGGGAAGAAAAAAAAUAAUAAAAAUCGAGCAAUAUCAUUGGUUUGCAUUGUUGCGCACUCUGCAAAGAGAGUGCGACUUCAUUAUAUGCGAACUUCGAAAUAGUUUCAGUUUGUAUUGCUAGGACUGUACUUCGUAAUUUCCAAAGGAGGAAUUUGAAAUCAUCACUAGGAGCACAACCGUUUGUUAACGUCUUGCCUUAGUUAUGUCAUGGAUGAUGCAAAGUUUGUCUACGCAUAGUGUAGUCAAUGACACGACUGUAUUAAAGUUUAUUUGUGUUAUAUUUACAAUUUUUUACUGUUAUUUAACAUAGCUAGUUCAACAAAAGGAUAAUAAGUGUAACAGAGAAUUUCAAACUUGGUGGACAGAGAAAUAUGGCAUGAUAAGUAAAGGCAACAAAGUGGUGUGUGUUUUAUGUUCUGAAACAGUGAUAUGUAGAACAUCGUCUGAAAAUCGGCAUUUUGAAACAAAUCACAAAUCUUUUUGCCAAAAAAAUCAAACCAGAGCAAAAAGAAUUAAUGGCAAGUGCAAUAAAAGACAGAAAUCAACAGUCGACGUUUAUGAUUAAAUAUAUUAGCAAAAAUUGUCAUACAAGCACAGAAAGGUACUGGGCUUCAAAUGUUAUUGCUCUGCAUAGUAAAACUUUUCAAGAGGGAGAGUUUUAGCAUGCGUGUCGUCACUUUUCAAUGAUUUUGAUAAUAAAGAUAAGAUAUUCCUCUGUCUGGAAACACAAUAAAAGAAAGAAUCUUAAAACUGGCUGGAACAACAACAAAAAAAAAAAAAAUGAAAUUGACUCUGCUCCUUUUAGCGAUAUAUCGCUAUCAUUGCUAACAACUACAAAGAGCAUAGAUAUUUGUUCGGCUGUUAAAAAUUUGCUUGCUGAGAAUGAAAUUGAUUUGAAAAAAAAAAAAAAAUUGUUUCGGUAACAACUGACGGUGCUCUAAAUAUGGUGGGCAAAAAAAGUGGUUUCAUUAGUUAAUUUCAAACAGACGUAGGGCAUUCGAUUCUUGAAUUUCAUUAUUCACCAACAAGCCUUGUGGGCUAAGAGUGGUUUAACAUCUCUUGUGAAUGUAAUGGUGUUAGUGACAAAUAUAGUCAACCUCAUAUCGUCUUUAAUAACCUAUCUAUAAUAAUCUAUCGUCAACCUCAUACUGUCUUUAAAUAAGCAAAAGUUUGAUGCUUUGUUGGAUGAAGUCGACUCGGUGUAUAAUGGCUUACUCAUGUACAAUAAUGUUUGUUGAUUGAGCCACGAAAACAUACUUCAAAGACUUGCUGACUGCUUGGAAGAAAUCAGACUGUUUCUGCAAAAUGAGGGAGAAAUUGAACAAUACCCACAGUUGUUGAAUGUUGUGUGGCUUUUAAAAUUGAUGUUUAUUACAAACAUGUGCCCACAUUUCAAUGAAUUAAGCAUAAAGCUUCAAGGAACAAAUAAAACAAUUAUUGCCAUGAUGCUUCUCAUUUGCACUUUUGAUGUUAAACUGCAUGUUUUCAGAAAUGAUAUUAUUAAAAGAAACUACAAGUACUUCCCACACUUGAAAAAAAUAUAUCAAAGAUUUAAAUGUCUUUAAGAAACCAGACAAAGAAAAAAUUAUUGAUGAAUUUAUUUCUAUAAUUGAUUCUUCAAUCAAGGAAUUUUCAUCAAGAUUUUCAAAGAAUUAUCAGAAGCAGUCAAGUUUAUUAUCUACCCUGAGGCGACUUCAUUUGAUAAACUGAACUUGUCCCAAUUCUAUUGGUUGGAAAUUGAAGUAUUUGAAUUCCAGACUAGCUUAAUAUGGAUUCAAAAAUUUAUUGAAACAAGGAAAAGAUUGGAAUUGAUUGAAGCAGGAAGAUUAACAAGCAAUAUAAGUAAAAAUGCCAAUAACAAAAUUUUUGAAACAUGGAAUUCGAUUUCAGACACAUUUAACUGUUUGAAGAAGCUGACUCAAGCCACUUUAACCAUAUUUUCAUCUACCUAUGCCUGCCUAUCAUUAUUUUCAGAGAUGAAUAACAUUAAAGACUCGCUUAGAAUCUGUUUGGCAGAUGACUCAAAUUCAGCGUGCAUUCUGCUAAAAGUAGCAUCUUACAACCCUAAUAUAAAUUAUUUGUCAUCUAAUCUGCAAUAACAGAAGUCACAUUAAUGUUACUUUAGUUUGAAUUACACAUAUAACUAAAACAUUUACCACUAUAUAAUGCAAAACAUAUUUUUUCGUAGUAUAUAAAGAGUUUUUAGUAGUUAGUACUUAGUUUUUAUUAUUUUUCCAAUAAUCACAAUUUAAAAUUAUUUGAUAGCACAUUGAUCCAGAAAGGUUCGCUACCCCUGGUAUAUAACAUCAAAAGCAAUCAAGAGAUUAAUAUUUUAUUUUCAAGUUACACUUCAGAGUAAAGGGAAUAAAAUUUAGACUAUGAUCAGAUGACAAGGUCAUCCUCAAAUGUUUAUAUUCUUGGUAGAGAAGAGAUGAGAUAAGAAAUGAAGACAGCAAUAAUUUUUGAAUUCAUCGCAAUGCAUCACCCAGCAUAAUGAAACCAAGAUUUGACAAUAUUAAUUGUUAGUCUGAUGACAAGCUGAAACUGUCUGCCAUACCACUAACAUAUCUGAAAUAGCUGGUUAUGUGAAAGUGCAGGACUGAAAACUUAUUUUUUGUUAUAAUAAAUGAUUUGUCAUUCUA